AUGGGAACAUUGACAUCGCUCCUAAGGGGGCGGGUUGAGAUCGAAUCUGGAUGUCAACAGCAGCAGCAGCAACAAGAACAACACCAGCAAAAGAACAAGAAAAAGACACCCCCAAAAGUCGCCGUGUACAAUCUCCACCCCACGAGCUGGGAAUCCGACCCGGAAGACGAAUACCACCGCCUCUGCACGCUAGACUACUGCUCCGGCACAAUCUACUGCGCCUACGCCCUCUUCUUCAAACUCGACCCGGGAGCAGACAAGCGCAAGAUCGUAGAGGUCCUCAAGCAAGGGCUCGAAAUCACGCUCAGCCAGUGCCGCCGCCUCUGCGGUACGUUGAGGCAAGACCCCGACAAUGGAAGCGGCCUGUGCUUUCACAAGAGGCGCGAAGACAUGGUUGAGUUUCACGUUCAAUGGCUCGAUGGCUCUUACAACUCCCGCACUGUUGAUAAUGAUGGUGAUGACUACGAAGAGAAGCAACAUGAAAGAUACCCCUCAUACGCCGACUUUGAACGGCAGCAUUUUAGCACCCGCGCCUUCGGCCCCGACUUGAACCUCUGGUGCAUCCCGCCCAUGACGCCCGCCGAAAAACCCGCGAACCGGCCAGAGAAUAACCCCAAGGCGGCGUCCUUCAAAGCGAGCUUCAUACCCGGCGACGGGCUGGUGCUGAUGAUGAUGCACCACCACCUCGCCAACGACGUCAACGGGUGGGCGGGGGAAAUGCACCAGCUGGCGGAGAACUGUGCCGCCAUCUGGGCCGCGUCUGCGUCGGCGCUGCCUCCGUGGGACCCCGCGUGCCUGGACCUCUCACGCGUCACGGUCGCGGACCCGCCCGCUGACCGACUCGUCGACGGGCCACCGAGACCGUCGAGACAUCCUGAGCAGAGGGCUGCUUCGAGGUUGCUUUUUCACAUUCCGCGGAGUAAGCUUCUUGAAUUGAAGCGAUUGGCGACUCCUGCAUCGGCUACGGAUGGAAGUAGUAGUAGCAAUAGUAGCAGCAGCAGCAGCAGCAGCAGCAGCAGCAGUAGCAACAGUGACAACAGCGGCAGCGACUACUGGAUCUCGAGCUACGACGCACUCAAUGCGUACCUGUGGCGCGUGCUGCUGAAGCACAAGGCCCGAUUGCACAAGUCCGAUCCGGAGGCGCUGGUGGAAUGGGUUGAGGCUGUGGAUGUGAGGAGGCGGUUGUGCGAUGCGUCGGGGAGGCCUAUGCCGGCGCGCACGCAGGGAAAUGUGAUUGCCGUGGCGAUCGCGUCGAGGAGUACUCAUGUUGUGCCGCAGUUUACGAUCAAGGAGGUUGUUGAAGCGGCACCUUUUACCAAGCUUGCGUGGUACAUCCGCCAGCUCACAAACAGCAUAACCCCACCGACAAUCGGCGCAAUGCUAUCCGGCAUCGCCCACGUCCGCAACAAGCUAACCCUCUACGCCGGCUCCGACGUCUUCCCGCCCACGACCCUCCUCGUCACGGAUUGGCGCGACGCGGACCCGUAUACCGCAGAUUUCGGCUUCGGUCGCCCCAGCGGGUUCCGGUGUCCGUGGGACUCUGUGACGGGAGGGUUGAUUGUGAUUUACCCGCCGCGUCCUGCGAGGAUGAGUCCCGGUGGGGAUGACGAGGGGAACGAGAUCUCGUUGGCAGUGGAGAAGGAGCUUGUGUGGGAUUUGCUUGCGGAUCCGGAGUGGAAUCGGGUGUUUGAGUUUAGGGGGGUUGAGGUUGAGGAUGAGUGA